ACGUUGAUGGCGCUCAGAAUCUCCGACCGCCGAAUCAUCAGCGCAAAAAUUUCUAUCAAAACAUCGUUUUAUUUCGUGAGAUCGGUAGGAUACUCGCCCUCAAUUUACACUAAUUAGACCCAUAGUGUAAGCUGACGAUUUAAAAUGAUUAUAACACUCAAAAAUCUUCAACAACAGACGUUCACCGUCGAGAUUGAUCCCUCGAAAACGGUUAAAGAAUUGAAAGACAAGAUUGAGGUUCAAAAAGGUUUACCGGCUCACCAUCAAAAACUUAUAUACGCAGGAAAAAUAUUGACCGAUGAGCAGCCCUUAACUACGUACAACAUUGAUGAAAAAAAAUUCAUUGUGGUUAUGGUAACUAAACCUAAGGCUGGCGCUGGGCCGAGUACUAGCGAGGAACAACGUGCAGAUGGUGACAAUAACAAAGAACACAGAGCAGCUAGUCCAGGAGCAGACACUGUGACUUCUGCAGCUCCGGAAGUUCCUCGUCCAUCACCAGCUGUGCUCGAUCCACCAGCUGCAGUAGCACCUGCAGGAGCCCAAGCCGAGAGUGCUUUGCUAAUGGGGGAAGAAUAUAAUACCAUGGUCAAUAAUAUUAUGGAUAUGGGAUAUGAGCGGGAACAGGUAGAACAGGCACUGAGGGCAAGUUUUAACAAUCCGGAUAGAGCAGUGGAGUAUCUCUUAACUGGAAUUCCAGCUCAGCUGUUCGAGGACCCACCUGAAGACCCUCCUGAAGCUCAGGACCAAGCUCAGGAUCCCUUGGCAUUCCUACGAACCCAGCCACAAUUUCAGCAGAUGCGUCAAGUGAUUCAACAAAAUCCGCAAUUAUUGAAUGCUGUACUCCAACAGAUUGGACAAACCAAUCCAGCCCUGUUGCAAUUGAUUUCACAGAAUCAGGCAGCCUUUGUUAGCAUGCUCAACGAACCUGUUGGUGCCACCGGAGGACCAGUUCAAGGAACGCCGACAGCAGCCGCUGCAGUAGCUCAAGGAGGGCUGACGGGAAGUGUCGGUGCCGGAGUGGGUGCUGGGGCUGGUGCUGGCGCUGGCGCUGGGGCUGGUACUGGAGCAGGUGUCAUUCAAGUAACGCCACAAGAUAGGGAAGCUAUUGAAAGGCUGAAGGCACUAGGAUUUCCCGAGCACCUUGCUCUUCAGGCCUAUUUCGCUUGUGAAAAAAAUGAAAACCUUGCAGCUAACUUCUUGCUGUCGCAAAACCUCGACGAUUGAAGACCUACGCUCAGCAAACUGCGCCUCACAGAGCUAACGAAUGCUAGAGACAAAAGCUAUAUCAUCUAUCCCGAUAAUCUCAUCAUGUGUUUGAUGCAUGCAAAGCUUCGUUGCUAACAAUUUUGUGGCUAGUGUGGAGGAAACAGAUCUUCUGAAAGAAUAACUUUUUUAAACUGAAUUUCUGUUCGGAUGCCAGACUGCAGUAGAUACAUGUAUGCAGAUGAUAUAUUGACUGACUUAAAUCAAUGUUAGAUACUUGUUUGAAAAAAAAAGAAAUAAAAUGUUGAACAAUGUUUCCUAAA